AUUUACCGAAAUGAAACUGUACGCGUUAAGUGGAGAUCCGGCAAAACCAUGUUACGUUCUAAGCUACAAAGGACUCAUGAUUAUGUUGGACUGCGGCUUAUCGAUCAGUUCGGUGUUGAAUUUUCUUCCUUUACCGCUUGUGCAAAGCUCCAAAUUCCAGUGUCUACCUAACUGGAACUGCCGCGAUUCCGAUAUCCAGUUGGAAGAUGGGGAAAUUAAAGAAUGCUGCGGAUGUGCGUUCGUCAAUUCGGCACCGGAGUUUGUUCCGCCUCUCGAAAAGUUAAUCGACUUCUCGGAGAUUGACGUAAUUCUUAUAUCGAACUACACAAACAUGCUCGCCCUACCGUACAUCACCGAAGGAACGGGUUUCUGCGGGACGGUGUACGCAACUGAACCGACGCUACAGAUCGGUCGAUUCUUUCUCGAGGAACUGGUCGAGUACAUAGAGGCGUCGCCGAAAGAGAGCACCGCGCGAAUGUGGAAAGAAAUUCAGCAUCAGCUACCGGUACCGCUGAACGAUGUGUUUAAGCCGAAAAACUGGCGCCACCUGUUCAGUAUGGACGCCGUGAACAAGAGUUUGGCCCGCGUACAGAUGACCGGAUACGACCAAAAGCUGGACAUUUUCGGUGCACUGCAGGUUACUCCAAUCAGCUCGGGAUUCUGCCUGGGAUCGAGCAAUUGGACGAUCGUGUCGGGACAGGAGAAAAUCUCCUAUAUUAGCGGUUCGUCCACGUUGACCACGCAUCCACGGCCGAUUAACCAGACCGCCCUGAAGUACUCGGAUGUGGUAAUAAUGACAGGUUUAACGCAGGCUCCACAUGUGAAUCCCGACGCAAUGCUCGGUGAGCUGUGCAUGAACGUGAUGAUGACCCUGCGCAAUGGUGGAUCGGUGCUUAUACCCUGUUACCCGUCCGGUGUGGUGUACGAUCUGUUCGAGUGUCUCUCGGUGAGCCUGGAUAAUCAGGGCUUCACACAGAUACCGAUGUUCUUCAUUUCCCCGGUGGCGGAUAGUUCACUAGCGUACUCGAAUAUCCUUGCCGAGUGGCUUUCGACGUCGAAGCAGAACAAAGUGUACAUUCCAGACGAACCGUUUCCUCACGCGAAUCUGGUGAAGAAUGCCAAACUAAAGCACUUUAAGCAUAUCGACUCCGAAGGGUUCAGUACCGAGUUUCGCCAGCCGUGCGUUGUGUUUUGCGGUCAUCCUAGUCUGCGCUUCGGCGACGCGGUACACUUUGUGGAACUGUGGGGUUCAAAUCCGCUGCAUACGAUCAUCUUCACCGAACCGGACUUUCCGCAUAUGCAAGCGUUAGCCCCCUACCAACCACUCGCGAUCAAGACAGUCUACUGUCCGAUCGAAACGUCGCUCAAUUUUCAGCAGGCAAACAAACUGAUCAAGGAGCUCAAACCGGGUGUACUAGUGAUACCAGAGAACUAUACCCACCCGCCACCGAUCGCACCGCAAAAACUCGACCUCGUCAUCGAUCAGGUGCCGGAUAAGAUGAUCAUAAAGUUCAAGCGGGGCGAGGUGAUCAAGCUUCCGCUGAAGCGCAAGCGUGGCCGGGUAUUUCUUAAUCCGAAGAUGGCUAAAACAAUCGUCCCGCAGGAGGUUCAGCCGGGUGUCACGAUAUCGACUUUAACCGGCGUGCUCCAGGUGAAGGACAACAUUCAUGAUCUCCUCCCACUGGAACCGUCCAAGGAGGAGCUGGAAGAGCAAAAAUCCAAGUCUGGGCCACCGCAACCGAAUAGUCAGCUGCGAAAUAUUAAGUACGAAUGGGGUACGCUAGACAUCAAUCUGCUGCUGAAAAAGCUCGCUCAGGACGGGUUUACCGAUAUCAAGGUGGAACAGGGCAGUGCUGAAGAGGUUACGCUGAUACUUCCGAGAGAAGACACGGUCAUUAAAGUGAGCGAAAAGAGUACGGAGAUUGUGUGUGGCGGAAAGCAGAGCUUGCGGUUGAAGUUGCGCGAUCUUCUGUUGCAGUGCGUUCAAAGUUUCUGAAGGAUUUUCUCAAAUUCAUAUGAAAAUAAAUAUAUAUAAUA